AUGGAGGCGUCUCUAAUUCUCCAGGUUUCACAUGCUCUAAGAAAUGGGAAACAUUAUAAAGACAUGAGGGUCAUAAUGCACUCACAAGUCAUGAACUCCGCGAUGCUCUCAUUUUUCAUUCUGACCUUAAUAUCCGGUUGCCAUGGCAACCAGAAAGAUGACGCCGACGCGUAUCUAAGUCGCUUCGUCGCCGAUCUUUGGUUGGAAGGUGCUGACAUCAUUAAAAUUAUAUGGAGGGAUUGCUCGAAGAAAUUAGUGGACGUAAAGGACGUGAUCGAUCAUAACGAGUACUUCCCUAAGUUUGUCCGGUGCAUGAAGCGUAAGACGUUGAGGGCCCUCGACCGGUCCCUUAAUCCAGACGUGGUGCCAGUGGCAGACGGCAUCAACUUGGUACGAACUGCUAAAUUCAUCAGAAUGCGAGUGGAGUAUCGCGGAAGGCGUCGACAUCACAUGAUGACAAUGAUGAUGUUCGGAAUCGUCUCCAUUGGCAUGGUGUUAAUACCGAUGGGCUUCCAGUUCCUAGCUGUACUCGGUGGGAAGGCCCUCCUCUUAGCUAAAAUGGCUUUGAUAUUAGCUUCUAUUCAAGGCCUCAAAAAGGUAGAUCCUAGUCAUGAUGGUUAUCAUGACAGAGGGAAGAUUGCUUCAAGUCCGGUAAACUACGGUUUUUAUCAUUCCCCUCCAUACGAUUAUUAUGAGAAAAGGAGCCGUGAUGACUGGCCUCCACCAGCAGUGAUGCCUGUCACUUCACCGCCGACUUUAUCAGUGCAAAGCUGGCCGAACAACGAAGCGAUUAAGAUAGACAGAUCUGACGUAGCUAAUGAUAGAGUGAGAGGGAACAUAGACGCCGUAACAUGGAGACCGGAGCUACCAAAAGCUAUAAAACAAGAAGCGGAAGCGAGGGUGUAUCCAGUAUAUGCUGGACCAGAAGUAACACCGUUUACGUCCAUCGAUGCGCCUACACCGCUAGCUGAUUUGACAACGAGACCUGGCGAAGUGCAAGCUGAUUAUGCCUUAGAAUUACCUUUUAAUGGCCUCCGUUUUCAAAGUCCCACUACUGUCGUUUCAACUUGA